CCGAGAGAUAGUGGAAUCGUCACCGGUUGCUAGGCAGCCGCUUUAUGACGUCAUCUUUCAGCACCGGAAGUGGCGAGGCGCAGUGGAGUCGCGAGCGGGUUUGUGAGUGUCUGCCGUCGAGAGCGAUGAUGCGGGUGUGCUGGUUGGUGAGACAGGACAGCCGGCACCAGCGAAUCAAACUUCCCCAUUCGGAAACAGUUGUGAUUGGUCGAAGCCCAGAGACCAAGAUCACAGAUAAGAAAUGUUCUCGACAGCAAGUACAGUUGAAAGCAGAGUGUAACAAGGGCUAUGUCAAAGUGAAGCAGGUGGGGGUCAAUCCCACCAGCAUUGACUCCGUCAUCAUUGGGAAGGACCAGGAGAUGAAGCUGCAGCCUGGCCAGGUUCUCCACAUGGUGAAUGAACUCUAUCCAUAUAUUGUAGAGUUUGAGGAAGUAGCAAAGAGUCCGGACCUAGAAACACAAAGGAAGAGAAAGAGGUCAGACUGUGAUGGUGAGGAGGUGGAUGCUGCUCAGGAAGCGGAGUCUGGGACAGGGCUGGCACCUGGGAGCAGCCCCAGCCAGUGCUCUGUGCCUUCUAAGAAGGGCAAGGAUGGAGUCACCAAAGAGGAGUCACUGGGCCACUGGAGUCAAGGCUUGAAGGUUUCUAUGAAAGACCCCAAAAUGCAGGUUUACAAAGAUGAGCUGGUGGUGGUGAUUAAGGAUAAAUAUCCCAAGGCCCGUCACCAUUGGCUGGUCUUACCAUGGGCCUCCAUUUCCAGUCUGAAGGUUGUGACCAGUGAACACCUUGACCUUCUCAAACAUAUGCACACUGUAGGGGAAAAGGUGAUUUCGGAUUUUGCUGGAUCCAGCAAACUGAGAUUCCGCUUGGGUUACCAUGCUAUUCCCAGUAUGAGCCAUGUACACCUUCAUGUGAUCAGCCAGGAUUUUGAUUCUCCUUGCCUUAAAAACAAAAAACAUUGGAAUUCUUUCAAUACAGAAUACUUUCUGGACUCACAAGCUGUGAUCAAGAUGGUCGAGGACACUGGCCGAGUGACUGUUCAAGAUGGGACUUCUGAACUCCUGAAGCUGCCUCUUCGUUGCCACGAGUGUCAGCUGCUGCUGCCCUCCAUGCCACAGCUGAAGGAGCACCUCAGGAAGCACGGGGGCGGGUGACCGUCCCGGCGACCGGGUGCAGGGCCGGCGUGUGUCCGCAGUGCCUGUGCCCGUGCAGUCCUGAACUAAAGCAUGCAGCUUCUCAAAACAGAGCUUAUUUGUUCUUGAGCGGCCACACACAGGGACUGGUAGUUCAGGAUGGGGAGUUUGGGUUUGUGUGGGUGUAUUCUCUGGUGAUGGAAGCUGGGACGUCCUGCCUGGUCACCCUGCCAGGACCAUGUCAGGCCUGACUAGUGGGGGGGAAGGCCAGCCUGAGACUCGAAUGCAGGCUGCGGAAGCAGAGCGGUGGUCAUGCAUUUUGUCCCCCCCCUGCCCCUCCAGACCGUGUAGUGUCUUUUCAUCAGGGUGCCUGAGGGUCUGAGGGGUCUAGUUCUCUGACUUUAGUCUGCUCCCUCUGUGAGGAGGCUUCCGGUCCACUGUACCGGGCUGAGUGUCUGGGUGAAAAUGGGUGGCGGUCAUCUGCACAGAGAGAUGAGGUGCAUGUGACUGUGCCAGGGCAGAGGACGUGGUAAUGUUUGGCCCAGGUUAACAGUACAGUCUGUGCCGAGGACAGCCGGGGCAGUGAGUACUGUCCGCUUCAGGCAGAGCUGCUUCUGCGGCCUCAGCCGCUGCUCUUGAGAGUUAUAGAACAUACAGCAAACGUGAGAUAGUUCCUGCAGUGUGCCUUGGAAAAACAAAUGUUGCAAAGGACAGUUAGUUCAUUUAAUUUCUACCUAAUGCCAUGUAGUUUAGCACAUCAAUAUUAAAAUGAAUAUUUGAUUAGAAACUGCAAGGAGUGGAUGUAUCAGACCCUGUAGGAACGUCAGCUGUAAUGAGGGACAUUCGAAGAACGAGGCGACCAUGCCUGCAUUCUUCAUUCUGCCCCAAGGGACUUUUUUAGGGUUGGAGAGAUGACUUAAUGGUUAAGUGUGUGUUGCUCUUCUAGAGGACCUGAGUUUUGUUCCCAUCACCCACCUCAGGAUCUGACACCCUCUUCUGACUCCCAUGGGCGCUGCACCCAAGUGCACAAAUCCGAAUACACACGCACAUUCAUACAUAAUCAAUAUCUUAAACAUUAGAUCCCUUAAAGGAAAAAAUGUAAAUAAUGACUUGGAGGAACCAGAAAAAGGACACAAAGUAUUGAGGUAUAUUCAUCUCCUAGCCCUCCUCUCCCAAAUGGGCUGUUAUCACUAGGGGGGAAAAGACUUUCUGAACUCUGGAUGUAGCCCUAGCUAUCUUGGAACUCAUUAUAUAGACUUAGCCUUCCACUUCCCAGCUUUAUUCUCCUCCUUGUCCCGCCUACACUUCCUGCCUAGCCAAUGGCCAAUCAGUGUUUUAUUUAUUGACUAAUCAACAACACAUUUGCCAUACAGAACAUCCCACAGCAGGCAUGUGCUACCAUGCCUGACUAGGAAGUAUCCUCAGAAUACUGGUUGCAGGCCAGGAGACACCUCCAUAUGUGGGCCACCAGUCAACUAACCUUUCUGUGGUUGAACCCUGCAGGUAAGAGGUGGAGGCCAGGGCAGAGGAGGGGCUCCUGGGGCUGUCUGAAGAGCCAGUAGAUCAGCUGGAUUCCUACCUGCUACUGACAGCAUUUCCACACCACAGACACACUCGCUUAUGGCAGCUGGGAACUUGCAUUCAAGGACGCAGGUGUAUAGGAGGUCAAGAUUCUCAAAUGCAGCUGAUUCUGGCUGGCCAGGGGGAGAAGAGACUCAAGAUUUAGAGAGGCCCCAGUAUGUAAACCUGUCUGAACUUGACCUGACAAGUUGACAGUAUAUGCAUCUUCUUUAUGUGGAUGAGAAUAAGCCUGCUGCACGUAGACACCUUUAACCCAGGUCCCUCUGAUUCCCAGGCCCAUGUGAGGCACAACCACAUGACCUUACAGGGUAGGGACCCUGUUUCCCGUGGGGUCCUUUAUUACCUUCACAAUGGAAUUCGGACUCCCUGGAAGUAAUAGGACACCAGUAAGAUUUUGUUGAGUGAACAAAGCUGUCAUGUGCUUUGCAAACCAACAGUCAAGAGACUUUCUUUCACACUGGAACACAACCAGCAAGUUUGCUGUCUGGUCAGCCAGUUUGGUCACCCGACAAGCCUCCUUGCCAUCCUUUACAGGCAGAGUAUCUCAUAGCUAGGAACCCGGGGCCUGUAAAGACUGUUUUCUCCACCUCAUGUUUCAGAUCAUCAGCUAACCAGGGGAUAAAGCCCUGCCCCCCCCAGCAGUUCAGACUUUCUUCUCACUUUGGUCACCAGGUGGCAGCAUGUGAACAGAGAAUUCUUAAUCCUCUAUUAGCCUAAGGGUUUGGGGAAGGUAUUAUGUAAGUCUCCUGUUUCAGAGUCAACACUUAAGUAAAAUACAUACAUAUCUUAAUUCUUUUAUCAGCAUACGUAAAUUGCACAAAGUAAUAGUAAAUUGCACACUUCCAUACGUGGAUGUGAUGUACUUUGGUCAUGUUUACCUCCUAUAACGGUUUUUCUUUUGUUGCCCCCCCCCCCCUUUUUUUAACGCAGGGUCUCAUGUAGUUCAGACUGGCCUGGAACUCACCGUGUAGCAGAGGAUUAUCUUUAACUCCUGAUCCUCCUGUCAUAGCUGUCCCCACUCUCCCAGGGCUGGGACUACAGGCUGUCCCCUUCCCUUUUAUUAAUUCUUUUUUUUUUGGUUUUGAGACAGGGUUUCUGUGUGUAACCUCCCUGGCUGACCUGGAACUCACUCUCUAGACCAGGCUGGCCUCGAACUCACAGAGUGCUGAGAUUAAAGGCAUGCACCACUACCCAACCAUAUGAUGUAACAUGAUCAUAUUCACUCCUUCCCCAACAGCGUCUGGAUCCACUCUCCCUGUGUCCCCAUGUUAUUUGUUAUUUUACUAAAUAGCCCAUGGGAUCUUGUUGGUGCUGUCUGUAUUCUUGUGGGUAGGAGGCCAUCCAUUGGAGAGUGAGCCACCUCCCUUAGAGAAAACUGACUCUCCUUCCCCCAGAAGCCAUCAACUAUCUAUAGUUCUUCAGUUGGGGGUGGGGGCCCAUGAACUCCUUAUUCCUAGCUAGAAUGUUGAUGGGCUUGAUCUUGUUUCAAAUUUAUUUUUAUUUAUGUGUGUGUGCAUGUCCCUGUUUGUGUAUAUGCACCUGUGUGCAGGUACCCACAGGGACCAGCAGAGGGCGUCAAAUCCCCCUGGAACUGGAGCUACAGACAGACGUGGGUCUCCUGGCUGGGAACUCACCUCUGGAACUCUGAAAGAGUGGCAAUGUCCUUAACCAGCUCCCACAAGUUGGUGACUCCUGCUUCCCUCACAGGGAGACCUGGGAGUAGUGAGCAGACAUUUCUCCAGGGUGUGUUCUUGAAAAGUGGGUGUUUUUUUUAAAUGGAGACUUAACUGCUGAUGGGCACGUUAGAGGAAGUUCUUUCAAAGCAAGGUGUGCUGCACGGGGACAGUGAAGGGUUGGGUCUGCAUUUCCUAGAGGCCACCCUGUGAGACUCUUGUUUGUUUUUGCUUCUUUUUGAAACUAGUAAAAAGGGCCUUGUUUUAUUCCUGAAAUGUGUUAAUAACCACAUAUACAAUAAGUCUAUAUUGGAGGUUUCAUAUUUUUCAAUGUAAAUAUUUUUUAAACAAGGGUACUCUGUUUACAUAUUUCCACAUCUCUCUCCUCAUCCAACUCCUCUUGUGUCCUCCCCACACCCUCUCAAGUUCAUGACCUCUUCUUCUAUAAUUAAUAUUGACACACACACACACACACACACACACACACACACACACACACACACACUGAGCUCAUUUAGUGUUAUGUACAUGUGUUUAGGACUGACCACAUUGAAGCAGAUGACCUAACAAGGGACUUUCUGCUGAAGAAGACUGACUCCCCUCUGUCAACAGUCAUGAUGGCUUGUAGUUCUUCAUCUAGGGGUGGGGCCUUGUGAAAUUUCCCCCAUCCUGGUUGGGAUAGUGUUGUCAUUAUGCAGGUCUUGUUUAGGCCACCAUUUUAUUGGGAUUUCAAGGCUGCUCAUCCCUGUCAUGUUUAGACGACACGAUCUCAGAACAGGCCCCUGGUCCUCUGACUCUUACCAUCUCCCCUCUGUCCUGAGAUGUUGCCUGAGUCUUCGGUGUAGGAUGUGCAUCGCAGUGCAGAUGAACUAGUUGGGGCUCGCCACCCUCCAUCCACUUACUCUCUGCAUUUUGACCGGCUGUGGCUCUCUAUAGUUGCCUCUGUCUACUGUAAAAAGAAGCUUCUUUGAUGAGUGGAUGAGAUCUAACUUACCUGUGGGAUACUUAUUUAAAAUGCAGUAAGAAACUGUAUUGGUUAAGGAACGUGGCAGUGGUAAGUUGUUCUCUAGCCAUUGGUAGUUUGGCUUAUUUAUUAUGUACAGUACCAGAUAGGAACUCCCUCCUAUUGAGUCGGCCUUAAGUCUAGUGAGACAUCGCCUGGUUACCCCCCAGAUAAUAAUGCCACUAUUGCACCAUUGGAGAUGCCGUUGUUGUGGUUUGUCCUGCACAGCUGGGUAGGACUCCUGAUGGCUUUUCUCUCCCGGAAGCUUGCGUAGCACCUUCUGAUACUGCGAAAGCGAGUCGUCAGGGAGGAGGCUUCCAGGUCAGACCCAGUUUGAUCCUCCCAGUUCCUGUGUCCCAGGAGUGUGUUAUCUUCAGCCAUAGGGUCUUCCCUUCAAGCUUUGUGGGCCUGACAACCUGCACUGGAUCUCUGGAGCCCAUCUAGUGGAAGGAGAGAACGGACUCCCGCCAGCUGUCUCUGACCUCUGUGUGCACUGUGGCAAUGCACUUCUUAAUAAUAGAUACGCGUAAAACAAAACCCAGAAACAAUCAUCAGAACUGAUGGAUAGUUACAGCAGUCUCUCAUCCUUGGGAGUAAUUGGUCUGUUUACAUAAGACAGUUGAGUCUCAUUUUGGAGCUGGUGCCUCAGGGGGUGUGUGAUGGAAGUCAGACCUCUCCUGACUUAGGUUCUCCCCCUUUAUUGACAAUAGAUUCUUUUCUCAUACAGUAUAUCCUGGGUUACACUUUCCCCUCCCUCUACUCCUCCCAGUUCCUCCCCACUGCUCCUCCCAUCCGGAUCCACUCCCUUUCUGUCUCUCAUUAGAAAAGAAUAGGCUUCUAAGAAAGAACAAAGCAUGACAAAAUACAAGAUAAAACAGGAACUAUCACAUUGACGACGUUGGACAAGGCAAACUAACAGAAGGAAGAGAGCCCAAGAGAGGGCACAAGAGUCAGAGACUCUUGAUUACAAUCUCAGGAGUCCCACAAAAAGACUAAACUGAAAGUAUAAUGUAUACGAAGAGGACCUGGUGUAGACCCAUGUAGGCCCUGUGCUUGCUGCUGCAGUCUCUGUGAGUUCAUGUGAGCUUUGCUCAGCUGACUUAGAGGGCCUUGUUCUCCCGAUGUCCUCUAUACCCUCUGGCUCUUACAGUCUUUCUGCCUCCUCUUCUGUGGGGUUCCCUGAGCUCUGAGGGGAGGAGUUUGAUGGGAACGUCCCAUUUAGGGCUGUGUGUCCCAAGGUGUCUGUGUGUGUGUGUGUGUGCACAUGUGUAUUCUGACUUAGGUUUUUAGUAGGGACGACACUUACUGUAGAUUCAGAAGCUUUCCGGCACGUGGGUCAUGAGGCUGCCCUGUCAGGGAAGGAUGGUGCACACGCCCUCUGGUGGCUUCUAAUGACUCAGAGCUGGAUGCCGUCUCUUCAACAGAUCACGCGUGUAUACCCCCCCACCCCUAUUCUCAAAGUGGAGGAGCCCUCAUAAAUCUGUGGGGAAGUUUAUGUGCUAAGAGGCAUCCAGUGGAGGAUUCUUUCAAAAUUCAUGAAUAUUAAGUCCCUUUGGGAUAGAUGCUUUUGAGGGACCUUGUUUCUGGAGGCCACAGUUAAAGGAUCUUGUUUUUUGAGAUAGGGUCUCAUAUAACCCAGACUGACCCUGAAUACCCAGUGUAACCCAACCCCUGACUUCUGAUCCUUUUGCCUCCACCUCCUGAGUGCUGGGAUUACACGUGUGAGCCACCAUGGCAAGUCUAUAUAGAGCUGGAAAUCUAACCUCAGACUUUGUCCCCAUCAGGUAAGCACUCUACCAGGUUUUCUCAGGGGGAAGUUCUUAUAUAAAAUGUCUCCUCCUUUCCCAAUGAUCCCUCACCUCAUAACAAGAGUCUACCAUUAAAGACGAGACUUUCUAGGGAAAAGAACACUGUUGCUAGCAGACAGGCAUGCACAUUAGGGAGCUAAAAUGUGAGACUGCUAUCCUUCCAUGCUGCUUUUCCCUCCAUUGACAACUGUCAGUAGUUUGGGGUUACAGAAGCCCCUGUUGUCUCUGGGCUGGCUUUGUCAAAUGAUUUAUUUUUUGGUUUUUCGAGACGGUUUCUCUGUGUAGUUUUGGUGGCUGUUCUGGAGCUCGCUCUGUAGACCAGGCUGGCUUUAAACUCACAGAGAUCCAUCUGGCUCUGCCUCCUGAGUGUUGGGAUUAAAGGCGUGUGCUACUGCCGCCCAGCUGUCAAAUGAUUUUUUACCUCUAAGGUAAUUGCUUUGAUUUGGAUACCCACCUCAACCCAUGUGUCAAAGGCUUGUUCCUUACAUAAUGGCAUUAUGUAGGCCAAUGGCCAAUGGGGCCUUAUGUAGGGGAGUCUGUUCAUUGGGGGAAUAUUCUCGAGGGGGACACUGGGACUUUGGUCCCUUCCUGUUUCUUCUUGCUUCCCAGGACUUUGAUGUACUAAAUGCUACUGCCUCCCAGGCAACAGGGCCAAGCCACCAUGCACUACAUCUCUGAAACAGUGAGCGAAAACAAGCUUGACCUCUCAGUAUUUCCUCUGGUAGCCCAAAGCUGAGCAGCACAGUCACUCAGCAGAGCCCCCCACCCCUGCCUGCCUGCCAGGAGAGGGGGAGCAUUGUUCAAAGAACUGUGCAUUCAUUUUGUAUAUUAACCCCAAGCCCACUUUGACAUGAGCAAGAACAGCUACUGUGGAUGCUGAGCAUGAAGAGUCAGACCUUUGCAGAAGAUUGAAUUAUCACAGUUUGGAAAGAACAUGUCACCACGUGCAAUCUGCCCAGAGGCACUCUCCAGAGCAACCAAAAAUCUCCAGCAAACUUUUCAUUGAUUUGAAUCUCCAGUUCGCAGGAGCCAGGGUGGCCUGCUAAACACAGCGUUCUGUAGGCAAUUUCUUUUUCAGUUGAAGAUGGUAGGAGGAUUGACAGAACAGUGUCGGCAUUUAUAGAAAGAGGUGAGGACCCAAUCCUGAAGGGAGAUGGCCUCCACAGCAGGAGAUUGUCCAUGCAUUCUGGGCAAGGAGCAGAGGGGUGCUCGUGGCCAGAGACGUGCCCAGAAGGAACAGGAAGGCCCUAGACUAGGAGUAGAUCCUGCCCUUCUGGAGCUCCUGUUCUGCCUGCUUCCCUUUGCUGUCGGCUGGGCCUCCUGAGCAUGUGGAGGAAACCAUGGGGCCAGACACAACUUGGGUUCUCGGUUCUGUUGAAGGAGGACUGGGAGUCCUGUGCUUGGAUGGCUGGAGGUGGAGACAGCUAAGCUCUGGGCCCUGUCUCAGAUGCCAGCAAGAAACAACUAUGUCCCUGGACCUUAUGCAGGGACCUGGGCCUGGCUGCAUCAGGACAAGAGCAUGCUGACUCCCCUGCAAGAGCAGAGCAACUUGCUGGUCUGCAUGCAGCAGGUGGCGCAGGCGCUCCACGAGGUUCUGUCUGUGCUUGUGACCUGUUCUUCAGCCUUGCUCACCCUUCUGCCUCGGGCUUGGCCACCAACAAGGACCUCACAGCAGCUCCCGAGUGACCAGCCUACUAGUGGGUUUUCUGCUGCUUUGUGGUGAAAUAUCAGCACUGUUUUUGUUUUAUUAACCAAUCUUGACUUUCAUUAGUUUCAUGCUAACCAAAACCACCUGCAAGCUAGACAACACUAGAAGCUGAAGAAUCACUGGGUUUGAAUCCCAGAUCUACCACUUAGGGACAGCAUGACUCUGGGCAAGCUGUAUAACUCUAUGAUCCUUGGAUGUCUCACCUACAAAAGUCUUGGAAAUUCCAUUUACUGGUAGGAUUACUAUGGACAUAAAAUAAUAGGAAAAGAGCAAAGCCGUCAGUAUGUGGUCACCAAAUAAAGACGUUUAUGGCAAUGA